AUGUUCGCUCGUUCUGCGCGGAGCAUCGCCACUCCUCUACGUACUCUCUCGCUGCAAGUGGGUCUAUUAGGGUACGCUUCAGCUGUUGAAUCCGGCCCCACAUCUGCAUUUGCGGGGAAGAAGGGAGCAGACGGCAACUACCUGGUGACUCUGGUUCCUGGUGACGUAGGUAUCGGUCCUGAAAUCGCCGAUUCAGUGAAGGAGAUUUUCAAGGUUGCCAAGGCUCCUAUCGCUUGGGAAGAAGUCGAUGUCACACCUAUCCUGAAAAAUGGCAAGACUGUCAUUCCCGAUGAUGCUAUCAAGAGUAUCAAGUCCAACACUGUAGCUUUGAAAGGCCCCCUAGCUACUCCUAUUGGCAAAGGCCAUGUAUCUCUCAACCUCACUUUACGUCGUACUUUUUCAUUAUUCGCCAAUGUCCGACCUUGCGUCUCCAUUCAGGGAUACAAAACAGCAUAUGACAAUGUCAACACUGUAUUGAUCCGAGAGAACACGGAAGGAGAAUAUUCAGGUAUCGAACAUGAGAUAAUUGAUGGUGUCGUUCAGUCAAUCAAAUUGAUCACGUACGAGGCUUCCGAACGAGUAGCACGUUACGCAUUCCACUAUGCCACUGAAAACGGCAGAAACAGGGUUACGGCCGUACAUAAGGCAAACAUCAUGCAAAUGUCAGAUGGAAUGUUCUUGACUGCCUGUCGUGCUGUUGCAAAAGAAUACCCAAAGAUCGCCUAUGACGAGGAUUUACUCGAUCGAGUCUGUCUUCGGAUCGCUCAGGAUCCUGGACCUUAUUCAGACAGAGUCAUGGUCAUGCCGAAUUUGUACGGUGACAUUUUAUCCGACUUGUCGGCAGGCUUAAUCGGCGGUCUCGGCUUGACACCCUCUGGGAACAUUGGCAGGGACGCCUCGAUCUUCGAAGCAGUCCACGGAUCUGCUCCUGACAUUGCUGGCAAAGGAUUAGCAAACCCGACCGCGCUUCUCCUGUCGUCCUUGAUGAUGCUUCGUCAUAUGUCGCUGGGUUCAUUCGCGGACAAAAUCGAAAAAGCCACAUUGAGCACUAUCGCAGAGGGAAAGCACAUCACCCGCGAUUUGGGCGGCAAAGCGGGCACGAAAGAAUACACAGAGGCGAUCCUUGGCAAGUUGUGA